AUGGCUACAACAUUGGAUCACGGCUACGAUCUAUCAAAUCCCAAACAGGAGCAAGUUUCCCAUUCUGACAACAUGAAGUCCUUCUCCUGGUCAAUUCCGUCCGAAGUGUCGAACGCCAGAGAACUCCUUGCACCGUCUGACUUCCAUCCCGGCACAACGCUGCACAUAGCCGCUCGCGGUAUAGGGCCGCUACGUUGUGCACUUCUACAUCCCGAGCUUGAGAUUCCAGUGUUCGACGCCGGCGGCAGUUUGGCAUAUGUGUCCAGAAGGCAGAAGCGUUGUUCGGGCAAUGCGGUGCUGAGCCAUCCACAGCGGGGCGGUCUGAUCAGUACAUCAUACUUCUUUGGGCCCAAACGUGAGCCGCAAAUCAGACUGUUACAAGGUGCCGCCAGCGCCGCUGUCAUCGGCAACGACGACGCCAAUAUCAUCAAAGUCAGUGGCAGGUGGUCCUCACGGACGGUCUCAUUCACGACUCCUGAUGGCCAAGCAUUUGAAUGGAAAUACGCUCGCACAAAGGAUGCAAAUGGAAAGAAAGUCAACAUCAUUGCCCUGCAACAGAUAGAGACGCAAGAGUCAAAGCCUGAUAGCGCAGGGAAGAUCAUUGCACAGUUGGUCCGGGGAAAUGACACGCGUGCUGAGGGUUCCUCGAGGUGCAGCGCAGGCAAUGGUGGGCAGCUCGUUUUGGAUCAAGAUGCUGCCAUUUAUCUAGAUGAGGCGAUGAUUUUGGCAACAUGUUUGGUGAUGCUGAAGAAGGAGAUUGACCGCAGAACAACCAUGCAGAUCAUGAUUCUGGCAUAG